AUGAAUAGGUGCGAAUCUAAUAGACCUACAGAAGAUAGGGCUUCUCAAAGGUAUGGAUAUCUAUCCAGAUGCUGAGAAUUAAAUUCAAUAGUAAAUAGCGAAACGACAGAGAAAUUCAUAGAUAUAGUGUACACCAGGUGUGCUCUUGAAGAUAAAACCAUAAUAUUGGUUGAAUCUGCCAGCAGGAGAGAUGUGGUAAUUCUUAGAUGCUAUUUUUCAAAACAGAGAGCCACAAGUGACUUUCCUUCGAUUGGUUUCGCUGAAUUGUGCCAGUUUAGAAUGCUCUGAAAAAUAGACAGGACGAACACAGAUGCUUUUUCAUACGUUCUUACAGAACUUAAUGAUUUUCAUUCUCAUCAAAAAUUCAGUGAGGAUCAAAUACAAUAUGAAACAAAAUUGCAAAGAAUACCUGCUCAUAUGCAAAAAAGAGCUAUAGAUUAUUUUAGCAACAAAUUUUUCAGCAAAUAG